AUGGAUUCUUCUUAUAUGAAUUUUUUAUUUAACACGAUAAAUUCUGAAAAUAACCAAAGUGAUGAAGACGUGCCUGAUGAUAUAGAGAUAGACCGUGAUUCGGAGUUAAAAAAUAUUGAUAGCAAGAUAGCCAUCACCACUGAUAUGUGGACCUCAAUUAAUUCGUCAUCGUUUUGCGCAAUAACAUGCCAUUAUAUUAAUAAAAAAUGGAAAAUGGAAAGUUUCCUUUUAGAUUUAAUUGAGUUACCAUAUCCUCAUAGUGGUGAGGAUAUAUCACAAUGUUUAUUAGAAUCUCUUGAUGAUUUUGAGAUUCAGGACAAAAUUAUCUCAAUUACGCAUGAUAAUGCACUAAACGUAAUAAAAGCUGUUGAAAAAAUGAAUACAAUUUAUCAGGAAAAAUAUAAAACAGGCGUAUACAGCCACCGAUGUUUAGCACAUGUUAUAAAUUUGAUAGUAAAAGAGGGAUUUUCAUACCUAGACAAAAAGCUAAUUAAAAUAACUGACGUUGUAAAGAAACUACAUUCUUCCCCCAAACUUUUACAAAAAUACAUGCAGCUAUCUGGUGGAACGAGGAUUCCGUUGGAUGUGAUAACCAGAUGGAAUUCAAAAUAUAUAAUGCUAUCAACAGUGAACAAAAAUUUAGAUGCAAUUAAAGACCUUGGGAAAAAAUAUAUGGCGCCUUUCGAUAUAAAUGAUAGUGAGGCGAGAUCUUUAAACGAAAUUGAAAAUUUUUUAAAACCUUUUUAUAAAAUAACACUUGAAAUAUCGUCAGAUACUUCUACUAUUGGAACCUCAGUUUUAUUUAUGACAAAGAUAGAGCAGAUUUUAGACGAAACUUCGAAAAAUCAUCCCGAUAGCGAUCUUAAAAAUGCGGCUACUAUGGUUGGCCAUCGCAAAAAGCGAAUGUUUAUGACUUCUCAAAAGAUGAUAUGGAAACACACCCCUAUUCGGGAGGCUUAUGAAUAUCUAGAUCUCAGUAGAGAUGAAUUUAUAGAUUACAUCAAAGAACCGGUUGCACCAGCUUCAACCAAUAUACUUGAUUGGUGGGCCAAAAAUAGUGAUUUUUACCCAACGUUGUCGCUCAUAGCUAAAGAUUUCUUCGCACAACAAACAACAAGCGUUCCUAGUGAAAGAGUCUUUAGCAAGGCCGUUGAUUUUUUAACGAAGAAACGAAAUAGGAUGUCGGGGACAACCGUUAAAUAUUGUAUGUGCCUUAAUAACUGGGAUGUUAGAGAUAUAAUAUAA